UUUAUAAAAAUUGUUUUUUUUGUAGCUUUACAAUUUUAUAAUUUUGCAAAGGAUCUAACCAUCAAUAGGAAAAAUGACAUCAAUUGUGGGCUAUAUUCCGUCCCCGACGCUUGAUGGCGCGAUACCGUUAUGGCACAAGUUCGAUUGGAGCCCGGAAGUUGAACAUGAUAUUUAUAGAGAUUGGGGCACAUACUACUUCAAUAGACGUCGAGAGACUUUCGCCUUGUACUACUAUACGAAGGCAUUGGAUAUCGACAAUUAUGAUUAUAUGACGCUCUACCGACGCAGUCAGGUGCAACGCAAGGCUGCACGCAUCGAACAGGCCCUGACUGAUGCACGAUUGGCUGCCAAAAUCGGCAUGGUGGCGCGUGGUCCGAACUGUCCCAUCAAUUUGCAAAUUUGCGAUGCGUUGUUCGAGCUGAACCAGUUUGAGAACAGUGCAAUAGAACUGCACGAUAAUAUACGAAGUUUCAUUGGUGUCAAGGCCAAGAACUUUCAAACACGAGUCAUGGUGGUCAACGAUGUCAUCCAAGAUGUCACAUCGCGUGCCAUGUCCUUGUUCUUCAUGAAAAAUCGAAAACUCAUUCAACGCGUCAGAGAGAUUAACAAAGCGAAGGAGUUCGUUGACACGCGGCCCCUGUGGAAGAUAUUGAGAGAUCAGCAUAAGUGCGAUGUGCUUAGUAUACCCGAAAUAAUUGAAGAGAUUUUGUCACCUCUGGAAGUAUCGCGCAGAGCGCGUGCCUUCAAUGUGAUACAUCAAAACUAUCUCAACGAUUCGUGGUACGAUGUUCUCUUCAUGAAGAAUCUGCGAAACAAUCCGAGCUUACUUUUGGAUCAAUGCAAACGCUCUAAAAGUUUCCUGAAAACCCUUGCCUUCAAGCAGUACGAAAUCAUAAGGCAGUUUAUAAAAAUGUUGCAAAGUCGCAGUCCUCAGUAUUAUGUGAGCUUCUUGAAGUUCCCCGACAAGAAAAUGUUGGAAAAGAAUAGAGAGGCUUAUCUAUUCCGCAUACAAUAUCAGACGCAUCGUAAUAUGAUUCACGAUCUUCAGCAUAUACGAAAACUGCGUAAGGCCAAGGACCUAAAGGAGCUUGCCGCUUAUGUUGAGAAAGUAAUGGGCGAUUAUUAUGUGACGAAAACGAAUCGUGUUAUGUGCUGGAAAUUCGAGUUCCACAAUGAGGUCUAUAAUACCUUGGCUUUGGCUUUGUGCGAGCAAUAUCGCGUGCCAAAGAACUUUAAGGUGGCGCAAAGAGCCAUGUUGAAAUUGUUGAUGCUGCCUGUCGAUAAGGUGAAAGAUGUUGUGCCGUUCGUGUUUGGUGAUCGGUCGACAUAUCAGGAAGGGGACGAGGAUGUGGAAGGACGAAAAUGCCGCAAAAUGUCAGCGCGUCUGGAGAGACGAAUGAGAUUUUCCAAAUUUUCGAUAGAGAAAUGUUAUCUAUACCAUCAGAUGGCUGCCAUUCAUUUGUCUCAGCUGCAUUACGACGAGUGCUGCUUCAAUGCACGCAGAUCGAUGAAGGAGAGUCAAAGCUGUAACAGCCUUAUCUGGAGGUUCCUGGGCGUAAUACAAAUGAUCAAAGCAACAACGUUGCAGCAUAAGAUAGAGCGCACCAAAGAUCUUCUAGAAGAGGCUCUGCCGAUUGCCAAACAGCUCAAAUCUCCGCAACUCAUCCGAUUUAUCGAUGUUUGCCUCUUAUGCACUGACGACGAAUACAGUCGCAAGAUGAGCUCGAUUGCCAGCCAGAGGGCCAGCAAGGCAUCAACUUUAUUCUCUGGGCAGGAAAUUGAUUUGGACUAAGAACUAUUCUUUGAUGAUUG